ACAUCGCUUGUGUAAAUUCUUAGUAAAAUUGGUUCGUUAACUCAUCGGAAAUUCAACCCAAGGUCAUGUGUUGCUUGAAAUAUAGUGAAACAAACAUUAAAUUAUCUCGUUCGAAAUUUUCAAUUUUAUCCUAUUACUACUUGUUGUAGUUUUUUGAUACCAUUCAAGUAUAAAAGUGCCAUUCUGUCGUUUGGUAUGUCUGGUUCCCACCCAAUUAAUAUGUGUAACCUUGUGAAAUUGAGGCGCAUUUAAAACUAGUCUUUCCUAUUUUUGAUCUAAAGUUAUUCGCGAAACAUUAUUUUUAAACUGCUACUUUAAAUUUGUACAUUUUUGUAGUGUUCAAUUUACAAGUCGAUCAUGUGGUUUUUCAUUGUUGCUGUAUUUUUAAUAUUAUUAUUAAUUUAUAAGAUAUUAUCACCUUCGCCAAGAGUGCUUGAAUUCGCUGAAAAGGUUCCAGGUCCGAAAAGGUAUUCGAUUAUUGGCACCCCGGCUGUUUUUACAUCGGCGAAAUCCUAUUUAUAUACAAUUACAGGAUUAUAUGAGAAAUACGGUCCCGUUUAUCGCAUUUGGUAUGGAAAUAAAGUCAUCUUCGUUCUCAAUGACCCAGAUGAUAUUGAGGUUUUACUAUCAUCGACCAAACAUCUCGAAAAACCGUUUACCUACCGGCAGCUGGAUUCAUGGCUGGGUAAAUCAAGUUUGCUGACGAGUGAUGCUGAUAUUUGGCGUGUUCAUCGUAAAUUACUAACACCUUCGUUUCAUUUCAAAAUUGUCGAGAAAUCUGUUCCGAUGAUGUUCAAAAAUGCUAAAAUUCUUUGCGAUAAAUUAGAAUCGGAAAUAGAUCAAUCUGGAUUCGAUAUUCAAAAAUAUCUCGAAAGGACCGCUCUAGACAUAAUCGGAGAAAUCGCUAUGGGAAUUAGAAUAGAUUCGCAGUCGUCUGUGAAUAAUGAUUAUCUGAACAGCAUGAAAGUCUUAUCCAAAACUCUGUUUGAACGUUUUGAAUCUCCUUGGCUUGAGUCAGAAACUGCCUUUAAAUUCUCCAAAACUGGACGCGAUUUCUUCACUAAUCUUAAAACGGUUAAAGACGAAGGCAGGAAGGUGAUCCAUGAAAGAAGAAAAUUAUUGCAAGAAAAUCACAAAGUGUUCGAUGAAGAAGAAAAUGAUGAUGGUAGGAAAAAAUUACAACCAUUCUUGGAUUUUAUGUUAACGCAAGCAACUUUCAGCGAUGACGAUAUUGAAAAUGAAGUACAAACUUUCAUGUUUGCAGGCCAUGACACCACUAAAUCGGGAAUGUCGUUUUGCUUCUAUUGUUUAGCAAAUCACCGAGAGAUUCAGAAUAAGGCAGUAGAAGAAAUAAGAGAAAUGUUACUAAGCGUAGAAGGAGAACCCACGUACAAUGAUUUUCUCGGUUUGAAAUAUUUGGAAAUGAUUAUCAAAGAAUCAAUGCGAUUGUAUCCACCUGCGCCAAUUAUAUCGAGAAAGAUAGACGAAGACAUUAAAUUACCGAGUGGCUAUGUAUUACCCGCUGGAUCCAAUGCUGAUAUCAGCAUAUUUAAUACGCAUCGUAACACUAAAUAUUUUAAAGAGCCGGAAAAAUUUAUUCCCGAGAGAUUUGAGGAAAGAGAUGAAGAAAGAAGUCCAUACGCUUUUAUUCCAUUCAGCGCAGGACCACGUAAUUGUAUGGGUCAAAAGUUUGCCAUGUUAGAGAUGAGAAUAAUCGUAGCGAUGCUGCUGUUGAAAUAUCAGUUUGUAUUGGAUGAAAAUUCGAAACCUGUGGGAGUUAAAGUUGGCAUGGUGUUGGAGCCUAUGGAUCGUAUACCUAUUAAAAUUAAAAGACGAAACACGGUUCAAUAAUAUUAUAAUCGAAUGAAUCGAAUGUAUCAAUUUGAGAGCACAAUCAGUCAAGAUCUUCUGUCGACGAUGCUAAGUGAAUGAAGUGAAAAAUCAGUAACUUAAUCUCAUUUUUUAUAAUCUGUGAAAAUACAAUUUUUGUUGCAACUA